AAAAAGAGUCUGCGCUUAAAACAAACAUUUAGUUGUUUACUAUUCAGUAGUUGAAAUUGAAAGGAAGAUAACAGCAAAAUAGGAAAAUGCUAAAUGAAGUAGACGGUGAAACCUGUCGGUUUUGCGGUACUCAAGAAGGCUUUAGGGUAUUUAUAUUUGACCAGGGAUCAGAUCACAUUAAAAAGAUUAAAAGUAUUUUACCGAUGGAGGUGUCAGAGGAAGAUACGCUGCCCAAGUUCAUGUGCUACCGGUGCACUUACAAGCUGAAGGAGAGCUAUGCCUUCCAGCAGCAGUGUCUGAGGAUGGAUGCCGUGCUUCGCGGCAAGUUGGGGCUCCCGUCGUCGCAGAGCGGAGUGAAUCUACUUCAGAGCACGGAGGGAGAGCAGGGCAGGGACACCAGUGCACGGCCGUCAGAGCACGCUGCAGCACGCACGCAGGCCAGCAGUCCUGCAGACAGGAGCAGAAGCGGCCCACGGAAGAAGAGGUCUCCCCACAAGCGGAAGUGGGCGAAGGGGACCCCGGGGACCCUGGCAGACAGCAGGAAGGGCGGCAAGCCGAGCGAGGAGAACGGGGCGAGCUCGGCGGGGCAGGAAGCGCUGCCGGCCAGCAUCGUGGUCACCAGGAUCCCCGGCUCGUGCUGCAUCUACACCUGCCAGGCGUGCGACCGGUGCUUCGUGAGCGAGGGUGCGGCCGUGCAGCACGGCUGCGGGCCGGCCGCGCCGAGCGACGUGCACGAGUACGUGUGCGACCACUGCAGCAAGACCUUCACGCGCUACGUGUCGCUGCUGGCGCACCAGGAGGCUCACCUGCGCAGCUUCGCCGAGGAGGAGGACGUGUGCGACGCCAAGAAGCCGCGCAAGCACGUCCUGUCCUCUUCGGAGGAGGAGGAGCCGUCCACCGCUGCCGUGUAGUCACGUCAGCCUGUUGCAGUUUUGUAGUUGUUUAGUAAACGCCAGGUGCAGCAGUGGUCACUCGCCUUCCACGCACAGGGAUCUGGGUUCAAGUCCCAGCGGGAUCACACUUGAAUGAUUUGCAGUCGCGAAACGUGACGGAUGUUGCUGUGAACUAGAAGGAAUUCUUGGCGCGUGCAUUCCGUUUAGGUUCCGCUCUUAUCGCACCACCCCUCAACUUCUCUAAUUACCCUUUGAUUAUUUAUUUUAUUAUUUAGUUAAUUAAGCCCUCGUUCAUUCGUAAUGCGUGUGGACGGAACUGGUCGUCGAUCUCACUGCUUCGUUGCCUCCUGUGGCGAGCCUGUUCGUGUUGAUCUCACGAGAUUGCGGGACAUGCGGAGAAUUCCUUUCUCUCUCUCUCUCUCUCUCUCUCUCUCAGAUUGCAGACUAGGUGCAGUGUCCUGGCGUUCACUCUCUCUUUCCAACACACUACUGUUUCUGCUUGCUCUGUCCUAGUUCCAGCAUAUGCAGAUGGUAUUGAAAAAUUUUAAAAUUUAUAUUUGGAGAUAGUUGGAGACACGCCGUGUCACGCUGUGUCAGGCGCCAGGGGCUGCAAGAGCCAGGCCGUGGCAAGGAGAACCCAUUCCUGGCUAAUUCAAAUAUCCCGAUUUUCUCGGUCGGGUGGUCACUCUAGUCAUCUAUAUUUUUUUUACAGAAAUCACAAUUAAAAUUAUAAAUGUAAUUUUUCUAUUUGUUGCAAAGCAUGUUAACAUUAUUUAAGCACAAUGCUAGUGCCAAACAAGUCUGGAAACUUUUUCCUUUGUUAAAAUUAUCAAGGACUAAAUGCCAAAUUAAAUUUUAAGACUGUCUGAAUAGAUUGUUUUCAUAUAAUUGGGGGAUGCUUCCACCCUCGUUCAGUAUUCACCCCUGAUUGCUGUUUCCGAAUCUGUGCAUUAAUAUUCUAUAACAUCCUCACUCUUAACUGAGUUAAAAAAUACAUGUUAACUCUGAGGCAGAGGUGUAAAGCCAUACAUUGGUAAUCAUGUUGAAAUAUAUUGAAAAGGAAAGGGAAAGGUGAAUAAGGGUUCAUGUUAAACAAAUGCCACCUAUCACCAAAGUAUUAUUUAUGUUAGUACUUCAACUGGUCAGAUAACAAGUUGUCAUUGUGAACAAGAUAUACAUGCAAGAAAAGUUGAGGAUUGUCAUAACCUGGUCUGAACAUUUACCUAUGCUGAUGCUACAUUUUUUUGUCCUAAAUGCCAUUUCCUUUGCAAAACACUUGUCACAUAACAAUAAGCUUAUGACCUUGUUCACAAUACGUACAACAUUGAGUUGUAAUGCCCAGACUACUCAAAGAGAAACUGUUUGAUAAAAAUAACAACAACACUUUGUUGUAAAAUUUUUCAUUUGUAUUAGGAACUCUUUUUGUGUUAAAAUUUAUUACAACAGUAAUAUGUGAAAAGCAUAAAAGAUGAUUUAUAUAUUGAUAGACUAAAAAAAAAGAAGCAACAAAUGAUGGUGCUUAAUAUUUAUAGUAAUUUUUUAAAAAGCGGAAAUGAUAACAAGCAAUUGCAUUCACCCUUAAUAAGACUUGCUACCUAAAUAAAGGCCUAUAAAAGUCAAAAUGACGAGGAAAGUAAAAUAGAAAACAUUAGAAAACAAACAGUGAUUGGUGGCAUAUUUUGCAAACAAGAUUUUAAAUGUAAUUUAAGCAUACAUAAAUAGUUGAGUCACUCAUUGCCAACCUUGUUCCUUCUGGUCAGGGAUAGCAGAGUGCCUUCCUUUUGUAUUCUUACAUGAAGACAUCUUGAAGAGAAAGUUUGACAGUUGGGAAUGAGAGCUCGCACAUGCAGGCAUACGUCCACCACGUAGUGCCGUAACGUAGUGCUUCCAUCGCUUGAGGAAAGCCUUGAGAGAGUGGGUGCCCGUGACGACAAUGGUGGUGCCUGCCUUCAACCACAACUUAGGUUAGCAUUGCAGUCAAACUCAGUGUCUUCAUUGCACUGAUUGGCCAGUACGUUCCGGGCUUGUAUUCAUUAAGGCUGUUUGAAAUACUAAAGUGGAAACUAAAUAGUUUUAGAGAUGGCUAGAAAGGUCACAGAGAGUAUAUUAGUAGCACAUACAAUAUGUGUUGUUGGGAGCCAAUAGAAUUUUUGUCUGUUGUGGUAUGUUAGAAGAAUAUGUCUUGUAUUUUUCAAAUACAGCAGGUUUUAUUCAACUUUUAUUAAAUGAUGAAAUCAUCUACUGGAUUUAUAAAAGGUGAAGCUAUAAGUAGGUUACUAGUUUUAUGUUUUUUAUGUAUUUUAUGUAUUAUAUUUUGCAUUUUAUAUUUGUGAAUGUCACAACUAGUUGAGCAUGGUUCUGUUUCUCGCCAGUGUUGCUGUGAUGACGUGUCUCGGGUGUGACGGCUAGUUAUGUGAGCAUAAGAUGGCUCGCAAUUCAGUAACAUGCAGAGGUUGGUAGUUAAGUUUUACUAGAUGGUAGUGAUUUUUCCAGCAGGUGGUGUAACUGCUAGUAUUUACCAGCCAAUAGAAAACUACCGAAACAAAAACAGAACUAUCAACAUCAUCCUAUUGUACAUUUUCCACAAAAAGGUUCAAUUUUUUUAUCAAUAACAAUAUAUUUUAGACUUUUUAUUCUGGUUUUCAGGGCAAUCUAAUUUUUGUAAUUUAUUUUAUUUCUACCUCAACACACCCGUCACAUAUUGAAUGAUAAAUAUAAAAUCGUUAUGCUUGCUAAAAUCGGGGAUAAUUUUUGAAUAAUAUCUAACGGGCCUAAUGAAAGCUUUGAAAAAUUGGAUGAUAGUAGAUUUUAAUAUGACCGUAUUGUUUAGCCUUGUAGAAUGUGUUGCCCUUUCUUAUUUCUUUUUAUUUUAAAUGGUCAAUAAUUAUCUUCUUAUGACAGUAAUCUAUACAAAAAAAUUCUUAAUACUUGGCACAUUUUCAUUGACUUAUUAAUUUACUGUUCAUGUUAGCAGACUUGAAAAAACAAAACAAACAUAACCAUUGUGUUUUUUUUUGUUCCAUAGUUGCUUUUCAAAAAUAGUGCUCUUUUAUUGAAUUAAUAUUGAGAUGUUUAUAGCAAUUUUCAGUACAUUACAAGUUUUAUAAUCACUAUUUUGCACCCCAACAUGUGGAUGGAGUGAAUAUGCUCCCCGGAUAGUUGAAAUCCUGUAAAAAAAAUUAAAAUAAACCCGGAUAAUCUGUUCACGGUAAGGGCGGGCCGGCCGUCUUCGAAUUACAGCACUGCCUAGCCAUUAGUUCAUGGUCAUUUACAACAGCCGAAGAGAGAAAGAUAAGAUCGUGCUGACCUUGCACUCAUAAAUUUUGGGUUCCCCCCCCUCUCCCCCUCCCCCCCCCUUCAUCCAGCCGAAUGCCAGCCAGACAUGUCACUCUCCAGGUGCAACGCAUUUAAGAAAUUGACUAACACACUGGCAAAGGCUACAGGUAGACUGAACACUGAAUGGUUGAGCGCGCGCCGGCGCCAGACAUGUGGGGGAGGAGUGGGGGUGUGGCGCGAGGCAAAGGAAUGCGGGAUCUUGAACGAAUCUGCGCGCUGGGAUUUUCCCCUUGUCAGGGUGUGGCCGAGUUAUCCGGACUGCCGGGUUAUCAAGUGCCGAGUUUUCGGAACUCUACUGUAUAAGAAAAUUUCAGUUUGAAGUAUACAGCAACCUGCCUGAUAUUUAAGCUGUUGUAUUCUGUUUUAUCACAUGAUUGUUGCACUCGCAUAAUCGUUGCACUCUUAUUUUAGGGCGUCAAAAUUUGGAGAGAAAAAAUUUCUCACAUAAAAGUAGCUAAGUAGCUUUUUUUUCUUCUUUCUUUCUUUACCACUGUUAGAUCCUGAUCAAUUUGUGUAUGUAGUAAAUAUGACAUUGCCAAAGAUCAGAGGACAAAGCAAUGUGCAACAGAAAUUUGUUCUCAUGUUUCUGUCAGGCAGUAUGGUAUUUAUAAUGGGAAAAUACAGUAAUUAAAAACUUGUUUAAGAUGCAACUACACAAUACUGUUUCCCGUCUAAUACAGUAAGUUUUUUAUCCUGUCAUUUUCUACAUCAUAUGUAUGUUAUUUUUCCCCAGUUAAGAUGUUACCCAUAAACUUCUUUUCCCGUAUAAAACCAUUAUUUGUUGGGAUAUUACCACUAUUUAUUUAAUUAACAGAACGAUUGUCACCACUGUGUAGCGUGUAUAAAAAUUUAGCCAGUGUUAAAUUGCAUCAUUUAUGUUUGGUUACGUUGAUGCCUGCAUAGAGUCCUCGCAUGUAGUCAAUAUCCUUAUCCAUAGCUCGUGGAUCGUGCGCAAGGUGAGUGCUCUGGUCUAGUGCCAUUGGCUAGCCAGCUGUUUUCUUGGUUCCUUAGUUCCAGCUCAUGUUUGGCUUACGGUUUUCACAUUUAUAUUUCAGUUGUCAAAAUAUAUUUUUGUUCAUUCAAAAUUUUUGGCGUGCUUUUGUAUAUUCUGCGUUUUAAUUUAACAUUCUUUCCAUGCAACAUUUUUUUUUUCUUUAUGAAAAUUCAACCGCCACUUAAAAAAUUUCAACCCUACUUUUCAAACUUGAUUUUAGCAUGAAAUAUGUGAUGAUUAUGCGAUGAAACACUGUAUUUGCAUGUGUGUGAGUGUACUUAUUGUAUUAUUCAAAGAAAUAACUUUCAUAAAAAAAGCUUUUGGAAAAAUUUUAAUCUUUUACACAUAAUUAACACGAUGGUACUCAACUGUUGUCAAGAAUAAUUAACAAAUGAAAUAAAAUAAUUACAAUUUUAUGCAAAUAUGUUCAAACAUUAAUUAUUUAACUACGGCUUUGUUUUGUAUAGAUAGUUUGCCUGUAGGUAUUUUUUAACUAUACAAUAUCUUGGCAAAAUUAGUAACGUAGGUUUCAAAUUAACAAACCAUACAAAAGGCUACAUUUAUGCUUUGAAACCAUUUGAAAAAUGUGAGUACAAGUCGUUUUGAAGAUUUUUUCGUAGAUUUUUAGUAUUAAAUUAAUGUAAUAUAUGUCGGCUAUAUGACGGUGCCUCACUAAAGAUCAGACAAGGCGUCACACCGGUGACGUGCGAGUAACAGAACCAUGUUCCACCUGCAGCUUGUAUUGUUUGUACUGAACAUUCAUGUUGUUAACUACAUGUUUCAAACCAUUAAUUAUCGUUCCAAACUGAACAAUAAUUCUAUUAAACACAUAUACAAAAAUGAGUGUACUACUAAACAUAAAAAUAGCAGAUGUGCAAAUUGCCUUAGUUUAUUUGCAGUGCUGAAAAAUCAGUUUUUCAUGUUGUGCUCAACUGAAACUUCAUUUCCACCUGUUUUAGUGAUCCUGCUUAGCCUUGUGAAAUUUUGUUUUAAAAUAUUUUAAUGUUAAGUUAUGCAUAGUUUUAUAAAGUAUGUAAUUAUAGUAUAUAGUUUUCAUGUAAAUGAAGAAUAGAUUUUUUAAAUGUAUUAUUUAUAGCCUAUGAAUGAUGUAGCAAGACGCGGGCGGGAAAGACGGUCUGUCCUGGCCACAACUUUGGAAUGUAUUUAACUUUUCAUUAGUAUUAAAUAAUACACUAAUAUACUUGUAAAACUACAUCAGAUGAAGAUGUUACAAUCAUAAUUGUAAAUUAUUUAACAAUGUAAGGACAGUACCCGAAGCGAUUGAGCCAGUCUGUCGACUAUUCUGAGAUGUAUAUUGUAAUAUGAAUAUGGCUGAAAAUUUUUUAACUAUUCUUACCAUGUAGAAUUAUAUUAUGACAGACUAUAUACGUAUAUUUAAAAAUGAA